GAAAUUCAAAUUUUGCUGUCAAGUCUUAUAUUCACCUUAUCAUUAAGUAACCUUGUGAAUCAACUCUCUAUCCACUUUGGCCACUGAGGCAAUAGAGAAGACCUCCGCAAGUCAUGAGACAACCUAUGCCAUGCAUUGACUCUGUUGACGCAACAUAAUCCUCAUCAAUUAGUAGUCCAUAUGUUGCUAGCUAAGGUCUAUCUGUCAUUCCAUCAUUCGGUGCUUGACGACACCGGCGCAGGCGAAGAUAAUGACAGCCUGAAUGCUGCCAUGCACCAUCUUAAGGCAGCAGCAAAUGUUGUUUCUGGAGGCCCGCUAUCUCGCCUGCGAGCAAGUCUACACUGGGUUACUGAUGCCCAUCAACAUUCACAUGCCACUGAGCUGGAGGCUUAUGCAACUUCAAUGCAACUUCUGGACGCUUACAUGUCCACAACAGCUUCAGUAUCGUCUCGUCACAAUAUUAUGAAGGACUUCCCGAGCACACUUGUCGUGGAAGCUGCAUCGUGUGCUAUUCGUAGCGGUGACGUGUAUCACGCCGUUGAGUUGUUGGAACAAGGCAGGACUAUCAUCUGGACCCAGAUGACACGACUUCGCACGCCUCUUGACAGCCUCCAGAAUCGCAGCGAUCACACAGCGGCACUGAUGAAGAAAUUCAGAAAUCUCAGCUCCCUCCUCGAUAAACCUCCUGCAAACUAUCCAGAAGCAGCCCCAAGAGUCUAUGUAGAAGCAGAAGAAACACGGUACAGAUGUUUAGUGAAGGACUGGAAUAGAACUGUAGAAGAGAUCUGGAAGAUCGAGAGCUUGUCUUGCUUCCUCCUUCCCCCCUUAUUCUCCGAUCUUCAAGAUGCAGCUCGUGAUGGACCUAUCAUCGUGCUCAUUGCAAGCAAGUCGUCUUGCCAUGCCAUUAUCAUCCCGUACAACCAACCUCCGACCAGCAUUCAACUCCCUACCAAUUUUGGGAAACUCGUCAGAUUGGUCCUCACACUCCAGGGGGCAAUUAAAAAAGAUGCCAGUCCUAAAAAGAAUCAGACAGCGCUGAUAAAAGCUUUGAGGGAGUUGUGGCACGACGUCGUCCGCCCGGUGGUCGAGAAUCUGGGCGGAUUUACACGACGAGGUUCCCAAAUAUGGUGGUGCCCGACAUCUCUCUUCAGUUUCUUGCCAUUGCACGCUGCUGGUGAGUAUAGGGCAAAUGGGGAGUCGCUUUCGCAGCAGUAUAUCUCUUCGUACACGCCAUCACUUACUGCGUUGACGAGGGCUCGCAGAAGUCAUGAUAGGUCGCUGUCGGUGUCCUUCGCUGCCAUUGGCCAGAAUCGCCCCGCCGGCGCUUCAUUCACUUUGGGUGGUGUGGAGCCCGAGCUGGAUAUGGUGCUGAGUCUUUUGCCCCCUCCCCCGACUGUUUUCUCCACCAAGGUAACCAGUGUUGAUGCCACGAAAUCGAGAGCACUGUGCGCGUUGCGAGAUAAUACUUGGCUUCAUUUCGCAUGUCACGGGGCACAGAAAUUUCCCGAACCCUUCAAGUCGGCCUUUCUGAUGCGCGACCACCCGCUUUCACUCCUCGAUAUUACCCAAAUGGAUCUCUCUCAGCAUCAAUUUGCAUUUAUUUCUGCCUGUGAAACCGCAGUCGGUGACCCUACAACGCCUGACGAAGUGAUUCACCUGGCGGCUGGCCUGCAAUUCGCCGGGGUAAAGAGUGUCGUUGGGACAUUGUGGAAGGUCAACGAUAGUACCAUGCAGCGCUUAGUCGAGGCAUUCUACAAAAACUUGUGCGGAGAUAGCACAAUGAAUCCCAAACGAGCUGCCCGAGCGCUGCACCGAGCAGUCCAGUCGUUGGCUUGCGACAAGGACAUGCCCUUGGACCAGCGCAUAGUGUUCAUGCAUAUUGGCGUGUGAUCGAUUUAGCGCGCACUCCCAGCUUGUUGAUUAAUGCGUUGUUCUGACGACUUCGCGUGUAGCAUCCAGCCGUGCAGCCUGUUGCCAAGAACUUCGAUAUUCCAAACUUUGAGACUGUAUACCUCCACAAUAUGUACACCCAAUUUAAGUCCUUGUUUAUUGUCCGUUGGGGCCUUGUGCUAUGACGGACACUACCU